UUUCUUUCUUUUCUUCCCCCCCCCCUUCACAUUACGACACCUUUCGUCUUGCUACACAGAGACCUAAAGGGCAAGGAAAUAAAGGUGGGAAAACAUGAUGCACAGAUCUGUUGACUUUCCUAACUUGAUGUAGUCAGACCAGAGCAAAGAAUCUCCUGGCUCCUAAGGCCCAUGUUCUAUCUUGAUUUGACUCUGCUUCAUAGAGCAGAGGAAACAGGCGAAGAAUCAUUUUCAGUACAAAACGGUUCCAUUCAUCAAAAAGAUGCUGUAAAUGAUGAUGAUUUUGAGCCAUACUUAAGUAGCCAGACAAAUCAGGGGCUUAGAAGAUUGGUUAUUUGGCAUUCCACAGAGGUGCUUCAGAGUAACAGCUAUCCACCAAUGUCAGAUCCAUACAUGCCUAGUUACUAUGCUCCAUCCAUUGGAUUUCCAUAUUCUCUUGGGGAAGCAGCAUGGUCCACAGCUGGAGACCAACCUAUGCCAUAUCUGACAACUUAUGGACAAAUGAGUAAUGGAGAACAUCAUUAUAUACCAGAUGGUGUGUUUAGUCAACCUGGGGCAUUAGGAAAUACCCCUCCAUUUCUUGGUCAGCAUGGAUUUAACUUUUUUCCUGGUAAUGCUGAUUUCUCUACGUGGGGGACAAGUGGAUCUCAGGGACAAUCAACGCAAAGUUCUGCUUAUAGUAGCAGUUAUGGCUAUCCACCUAGUUCUCUUGGGAGAGCUAUUACUGAUGGACAGGCUGGAUUUGGCAAUGAUACUUUGAGUAAGGUGCCUGGCAUUAGCAGUAUUGAGCAAGGCAUGACGGGACUGAAAAUUGGUGGUGACCUGACAGCUGCAGUGACAAAAACUGUAGGUACAGCCUUGAGCAGCAGUGGUAUGACUAGCAUUGCAACCAAUAGUAUGCCCCCAGUUAGCAGUGCAGCACCUAAACCAACCUCCUGGGCCGCCAUUGCCAGAAAGCCUGCCAAACCUCAACCGAAACUUAAACCCAAGGGCAAUGUAGGAAUUGGAGGUUCUGCUGUGCCACCACCUCCUAUAAAACACAACAUGAAUAUUGGAACUUGGGAUGAAAAGGGGUCCGUGGUAAAGGCACCACCAACCCAACCAGUUCUGCCUCCUCAAACUAUAAUUCAGCAGCCUCAGCCAUUAAUUCAACCACCACCAUUGGUGCAAAGCCAACUGCCUCAACAGCAGCCUCAGCCACCACAACCACAGCAGCAACAAGGACCUCAGCCACAGGCUCAGCCUCACCAAGUGCAGCCCCAACAGCAACAACUGCAGAACCGUUGGGUAGCUCCUCGGAAUAGGGGAGGUGGCUUCAACCAGAACAAUGGAGCGGGCGGUGAAAACUUUGGUUUAGGUGUUGUUCCUGUCAGUGCUUCACCUUCUAGUGUAGAAGUGCAUCCAGUGCUGGAAAAGCUAAAGGCCAUAAACAACUAUAAUCCCAAAGACUUUGACUGGAACCUGAAAAAUGGACGUGUGUUUAUAAUUAUACGCUUAGAAAAUAAUGACAACAAACCAGUUACCAAUUCAAGGGACACUCAAGAGGUACCCCUAGAAAAAGCUAAGCAAGUGCUUAAAAUAAUUGCUACCUUCAAGCAUACCACCUCAAUCUUUGAUGACUUUGCACAUUAUGAAAAGCGUCAAGAAGAGGAGGAAGCCAUGCGUAGGAUGUGGAAAUGGGAAAGGCAUGGUGAAGUUGACUUUACCAAUUAAGCAAUUCAUCAGCCUGUGAAGAGUAAGAAGGUAGAGCCAGUACAGUGGAUAUGCAGGAGAGAAAUAGAAACAAACAAUAACCAUAUGAAGAUGUCCUCUUAGAAUUACAACACUAAUGAUGUAGACUCUGGAAAUGCCUAAUAAGUCAAAGAAGACAUUAUUAAAGCUUUUUUUUCUGCAUAAGGUGACAUCUUUGAACUUUUUAACACAGAAUUGACUCUUGUAAUGAUUUUCAUCAGCGCAUCUGCCCUUAUAUUCUCACCAAACACACUUGAGAACUGUAACUUCGUCAAGCACUUUCUGUCCUGAAGCUUUUACCAGUAUCUGCUGUCUUUUGUAAUUAUGCAUCCUAGCUAAGGCACAGAAGACUGAAUGAAUGCAGAUUCAUUAACUCUUUGAAUUUGUUAAAUACUAACAGUUAACUAUUAGAAGUGGUUCAAUGAUGUAAGAGUCACAUUGCUUCAACAUUUCUUUGUUGUAGUUUUUAAAUUGUCAAUUUUUAGCUAUUUGACAGAUUAAAAGCAAAAUAAUCAUGCCAUAUUUAGUCCUGGAGUUCAAGUCUAAAUGUUUAUGUGAAGAAUUAUUGUAGUAAACUUUUAAUAUGGCAAAGCAACCUUAAGCUCUAUUUUAGCCAAAUGAAACAUAAUCUGAGAUUAUAUUAGAACAUUUUCCUUGUCUUUAAAUUGUUUGGUGUAACAGAAUAUUGAUAUGCAGCUUGGUGGAUUUCACCAGUUAAUGCACAUUCUUCUUUCCUCCUUCCCCCAAUAAUAUGUAAACUGAAAAAUGUGCAUUUGUCUGAGGAAUUAUUUUGUUUGCUAUCACUUAAUGAAUCUCAAAAUUUUGAGUAAAUGUACCUCAGUCUAAUCAGACUUUUUAUGACCUUUAUAACUACAUUUAAAAUCCUUAAUUCCUAUUUCUGGGUGUUUGCGAGCCUGAUUGCUAUCAUGAAGUAAACAUUUAUUACUCUAGGUAUUCACUAGCUAAAUAAACAUAGUUCUUGUUUAGCAA